UUGUCACGUGACCAGAAAUUGACAGGAAAGUUGGUUAUCCUUUUCGAUGUUGACAUGUAGGCCAAAUGGAAUUCAAGUUAUGUCUGCUGCAUUGGUGCUCACACAACUUAUCUUUGAAUUAUGUCUGGGUUGAAUGAAUCAAUUGCUGGAAAUGAUGUCCGUUAUGUGAGGACAAUUGUUCGUAAUGACCAGCUUUCGUUUCCCGAACUAGUUAGUGGACUUGUACAAGCUUGUAAGCUUGGUCGUGCUGACUGUGGUGCGGCUAUACUUGAAUCUGGCAUCUCUGCAAACGUCCAGGACACAGAUGGCCUCUACCCUCUUGCUGCAGCCUGCAUGAAUGGGCAUGCUAGUGUCAUAGAGCUUCUGCUGUUAUGGGAUUGUGAUGUCUCAGUCAAGUACGGUCCUGACCAGAACACUGGCUUGCAUCUUGCGGCAGAGAUUGGCUCAAUAGAGUGCACUCGAUUGUUGGUGAAAGCGGGGGCAGAUAUCAAUGCAAGGAAUAGAUUGGAUGAUACUCCAUUGAUUCUUGCUUGUAUUAAUGGGUAUAUCAGCGUAGUUAAGUAUCUGUUAGUCCAUCAAGCUGCGGUUAGAAGGAGAGGCUAUCUAGAUAGGACGGCUUUACACUGCGCAACGGAGAACGGUCAUUUACAAAUAUGUAAAAUUUUAGUCACUGCAAAAGCAGAUUUUGAGGAGGACGACUCUUUUGGGAAUACUCCUUUAAUUUCUGCAGCGGAAAAAGGUUAUAUAGAGUUGCUGAAAUUGUAUCUUGCCACAGGGUGCGAUGUCAACAGAACGAGCCACAGUGGAUGCACAGCUUUGCAUUUCGCUGCACAGCAUGGGGACAUGGAAUGCUGCCGUCUCCUGCUGCAGUCAGGUGCAGAAAUUGAUGCCCAAGAAGUUCGCAGAUUCACACCAGUCAUGAUGGCUGCCAUGAACGGCCAUGUUUUGGUGAUAGAGCUGCUAGUUGAAAACAAAUGUAAUGUCAACAUGGUGGCGUAUAACAAGAGAACUGCACUUCAUUUAGCUGCGGAAAGAGGUCACAUAGAAUGUUGUCAAUACUUGCUUCAGGCUGGGUGCUUCAUCGAUGCACAAGAUGCUUUGGGUUACACGCCAAUAUAUGUUGCAGCAUCUAAAGGGACUACUCAACUAAUUAAAUUCUUCAUUGACCGCAAAGCGGACCUAGAAAAAGAGCCCACCAAUAGACAUUCACUGUUGCACUGUGCAGCUGCCAGUGGGAGUGUGCAGUGUUGCGUAGAGCUUGUAACACAAGGGUUUGACAUUGAUGCUAAAAAUAGAGAUAACCUCACACCUCUGAUAAGCUCUGUUAAGAGUAAGCACUGGAAAACCACCAAUUAUUUACUGGGACAGGGAUGCGAGGUCAACAGUAGAGGCUUGCAUGGAAUGACAGCUCUCAAUGAAGCUGUUUUCAACAAUUGUCCCCAUCUUGUCAAGUUGUUGCUGGAGCAUAAAGCAGACUCUGAUAUUGAAGAUGAUGCUGGGACGUUGCCACUCUGGUUUGCAGUUGACGCUAAUAAUUCAGAAUCCAUCAGACUUCUGACAAAUGCUGGAUGUCGGUUUGAUGUGCGAUCCACACUGAAUGAUACAUGCAAGCCGUGCAAUGCUUUAGAACACGCUGUCCAUAAGCAGAGAAUUGCUGUCAUAGAGUACUUGGUUGGUGUGUACUGCGAAAAGGCUGUUAAUAAUCUUAUUUCAUUGAAGAAUAAUUUGGAUGGUUCACCAGUGCUAUUUAUGGCUACAAAGAAUUGCCUGCUAUCACUCACAAAGGGACCGGUGUCGUUAAAAUCACUGUGCAGGCAGCGUGUGAAAAGGUCACUGAAAAAUAUGUGCUUGAGCCCAGAUGAUCUUCAGUCGCUGAAAUUGCCGAGGUCAAUACUCGAGUAUUUGUUUUACUCAAAUAUGAAUCUGGAUUAAUUUCCUUAAGUAUUUUAGCAAUACAGCAGUACUCUUAAUUUGAAUUUAAUAAUAAAACACAAAAGAGUAUUGUUUAAGUUAUUUGCUCACAAUAUAUAUUUUGUUUAGAAAAUAAUGUAAAGUACUGGUGGUUUGAAUUAAGCAAUAAAAAGUAAAGGACAUGUUUACUUUGUAUAGAAUAAUCAAUAUUGUUUUUAAUUAUUUGCUCACAAUAGUUUGUUUUGGAAAAUAAUAGAGACAAUUUUCACUGUGACAUAUAUAUCUUAUUGUCAUUUAAUGAUUAUACUCCUUUAAUUGACGUUUCGGCAUAAUGCCUUUAUCAAAACAUUGGAAAUUAUAUGUUAACUACAUUUUUAUAUAU